GUCCUGCCAUGAGCUGCACGGCAUGUUCUGAUGCACUUGGUGCAAGCAGUGGCAGUGGGAAUUAAUGCAAACCCACACCCUUGUCACAGGGAGUUUCAUUUAAAUGCAGCCCAGCCUCCCCUGGAAGCUGAAGGCGUUGGGUCUUAUCCUGGUGUCUGGCAGGCCUGGCCACUGCCUAUUCUUAGCCCAGCCCUCUAUUUUUAGUUUGUUUGUGAAAGGUGAGACAUGACUGGCAGCCAGACCCGGAUGAUGCUGCUGGUCCCUUCCAUGCAGCGGCCGGGGCAGAGGGAGAAUGGCAGGAAAUGGGGCCAGCGGAUGGGAGAGGACAGGAAGGGACAUUGGGGACCGGGGCUGUGGGACUGAGAUCUGUGGGGCUGGGGUCUGUAGGGCUGCAAGGUGGGAUAGGAGGGGUUGGAGGCAUCUGCACCGUGGCCAAUGCCGUUGCGGAAGUGCAUUAAUUUCUGUUCAGCUGUUCCACUCUGCAGAAUGGAAAGUUGUUGGUUCGUUUUGUUCUGUCCCUGUGCUUCAGCUUCAUAUCAGUGCUCAGACAAACCAUUGCACAGGAGUAUUCCCGAGCCCCAGCCCUACUGAGGCUGUUCCCAACGCUUUGCCGUGCGGUGGCCCUUUGGUUCUCACCAGUGGUCUUUGGUCUUCCCAGGAGCUGAAACUUGACAAUUUCAGUUUUCGUUUCCAAUUGUGCUCUACAAACCAAAUCCUCACUUCAGUAAGACAGAAAUGAAAACAUUUGCCUAUUAUUUAAAUUGGACCCUUGCCUCUAUCUACUUAUUUCAUCUUUCAAAUGUAUUUUAUAAGCUGAUAUGCAUGCAGACCUGUGUUUGCACUGAGUCUUGCAUUUACAAAGCAUAUAUGUGUUAUGAGGAGGGGGAAAAGAGCAAAUGCUGGGUGCAGAGCUGCACUAUAUCCAAGCUUAGGUUUUACAGACCACAGUUUACCAGGAUAUUUCAUUCUCAAUGAAACAUAAUUCUAUCAUCCAAUACAAAGAAAAAGUCUAAAGGCACGAUAGAAAUCUUUAUAUAGAGGCUGGAGCACAUUUUUUUAGCUACAGAUGUUUCCUUCCAAGAGACUUUUUCCUGUCCUAAGCCAAAAACAAAAGCUGCUGGAAUUCUGUCACACCACCAAACGCGUACCGUGGAAAUGCUGUCUGGGGAUCUCUUUGUACAUAAUACAACUGAUUCUUUUUUUUCCUUCCCUUUGAUCCGUUGGCAGGCUGGAGCCAUGUGGCCAUAGAGGUGCAGUGGGACAUCCACAAAAGUCAGUCUAUCCUCUGAACGCUUCAUUGCCUGUGGUUUUCAUGGCCACCUCAUUUUUGUUUCCUGGUGACAAUGACUUUUCCAGUGAUGGCAUCAUUCAGUCAGACCAGGAGAGGAAGAAUUCUGACUUCACUGGGGUUUGGGUUCUCAAAUGGCCAUCGCUAUGCCACUGCCACAUGGUCACCUUCAGCCUGGGACUAAGAGUGGGGUCGGUGUUUCUACAUUGCUAUCCAUGUUUCUGUAGGGUGCCAUUAAUGGAAAUCAGCUCCACAGAGGUACUUCUUCAUCUCAAGUCCAUUUUCUGCUCCAGGCUUUAAGCAGAAGGCUUUGCCUGUGAAUUCUGCUCUCUCGUAGACCUCCCCUAAAUCUCAUUCAGCUCUCAGUUUGACCAGAGUCAAUUUAGUGAAGAUAAUGGAAUUACCUCUCUUCAGGUCAGUGAUGAUUUCACAUCCUUGAAUUCCAUGCUAAAUUUGCUGAGAGAAUCUCAGCUUCAGGAGCCAUUUUUCAGCACUCUCAUUUCUCGGGGGUUCCCCAUAUCCACUAGGGGUGGGUUUGGGUGGAUUUGGAGCAGCUCUGCUGGGCUGGAGCCCCUUUGUGCUCUCAGGAAAGGGUUAAAACAGUGAGGGCUGUGGACUCCUUUGCUGGGGGAGAUUUGUUCCGUCUGUUUGUUUGUUUGGAAGUGCUGGCAGGAAAGCAGGGAGGAGAAAAUUACCUAAGUGAUAGCGAGGUUGCCAUGAACUCUAUAAAACCGUGGGAUCGAAUCAGGCAAACUCCACCUCGCCGUCUUGAACCAAUGCACAACUCCUGACUUGAAACCCACCCCAACACCGAGUGAGCUCAGGGACUUGAACUCCAACCAAGCACAUGAGCUCAGCAGUGCUGCAGAGCUGAACCCACGAGCGGUCCCAGCAGCACCCAGAGUUACGGGGAGCCCCGAGUCGGAAUGCUGUGCAGGGGAAGCAUGCACAUGAUGAAGUGGAGGCAGCUUUUCUGGAUCGCGUUCUGCCUUGUGAAGUUGUCUGGUUCCGCUGCUGGCAGCCCCACAGACAGCUUAACUGCUGUGUCCUCGGCCAUGGCAACAGCACAGAGCAGCACUGGCAGUGUGGCACCCACCGGCGUCAUGGGCAGCACUGCACCAACACAGGACAGCAAUCCUGCAGCCACUACUCAACCCACAUCAGGCAGCCCCAGCUCCCCAGGACUCAGCAGUGAGCACAGCCCUCAGUCCAGCACCCAUCCCAGUGCCCAUCCCAGCACCCAGAGCAGCACUCAGACCAACCAGACCCCCACACCGCUGCUGGACAACCAUCCAGAGGACACAAGCAGUGGGGCACCCACCACGCUGAGCCCAACACCGCACCCCAGAACGACAGCAGCUGCACACCCAUCUGCAUCAACACUGCUCAGCUCCACGGCCACCCCCAGACUGACGGCGGUUUCAGAGGCCACAACACAGCUGCACACAUCUGGUGGUGUCAGCAAGCCCAUCACGUGCCACAACAUCAAAGAAGUGAGAGACAGCGGAGCCCUCUGCCUGCGGCUCAACGAGUCCCACACCUGUAAACAUUUUUUGGAUACGAAGGGCUCGGAUUUAUGGAGCGCAAUCUGUGAAGAGGAUGCUCACCGUGUGCCCCCACCCUGCCACAUCAAACUCGCCACGUCUGAGGUGGACCAGGAGUGCCUGCUGCUCGUCCUCGAUGGGAACACAGAUCCUGCUAUGGAUGUGCUCCGGGAGUCUCAUUGGGAAAAGUUCGGAAUCAAAUCCCUCGAAUGGGGCAGCGUGCGGAGCCAUCAGGACUUUUCUCGGAAGACACUGACGGCUUUGGUCACCUCCGGGCUCCUGCUGGCAGCUCUGGGCAUGGCUGGGUACUUCCUGAUGCGGCGGCGGAGCUGGAGCCCCGCGGGACAGAGGCUGGAUGAAGACCACUACGACCUGGAGACCGGCAGCCAGGGCAGCCCUGCACCACAGGAGAAGCCGAGCGCCAACGGAGCUCAGGAGAACGGUGCAUCCCGCAACGGCCGCGGCGCCGCGCAGAGCCUGGCCGACACCUCCAUGUGACGCCACGAGUGCACGAGUGCCUCACAUUGAACUUUUUCAUCUUUUUUUUUUUUUUUAUAUUCUUUUUUCUCGUUUCUGUGAAGAACUUCACCGUCGCCCCAAAGCACGUUGCGCUCCAGCGCUGCUUGGGGCCGUUUCUCUGCUCUCCCUCCUUAUUCCAAUGACUGCACAGGGAACUUCUUUACUGCCAUCCUCUGCUUUUGUUGUUAAAAGCACACGGUGAGAAAUGCAGCUGAGCAGAGGAGGCUGAAGCCACGAUCCGAGUUGCAGCGGUGAUCUGAGCACCAGCAGCCCCAGGAUUUGGUGGUACCGUGAUUUAAAUAGUUAGAUUGGGAUUCCAGUGACACGAACCUUUCAGGUUUCAGGGAUUUAUGUUUUUUUAUCUCGUCUUUAAGCACAGGACGUCUUCCUCCUUUAAAAGCAUGGGGUGUUUAAUCCCCUCCUCGCCCUUUGUGCCAUCUUUGACAUUCCUUCGUCUCUUAGAAUGUACUGAAGCUCUGUGCAACACUUCCAACGUGGCAUUGAAGGCUGAAAUACAAACAGACCUUGAGCUGUGCUGACCCCAGUGGGGUGCAAGUAGAUGUUUUAGAGUGUUUUGGGUCUCGCCCAUCUCCCAGCUUGGAGAUGGCAUUAACACCGCUGUAGUGAUCCAUCAUCAUGUGGUCCCAUCACCUCACCCUACAAAAUGGAGCUUUGGCCUCCAUAGGACUUUGGGAACAGAAGAUGCCAAAGGGCUCCUGGUCAGACAUCUGCUGGACUCUGUGAUGGACGUUUCCAUUCAGACAAAAACAAAGCAUUUUUACUUUACAGUAACAAAAAGCCAAUGCUGAAAUGCCAAUAGCAGGAGCAAACCGAGCGCCGUUCCCCUGUGAACUGCUUCUCCCAGCCUUCAUUUUAAUCAUCUCAGUGAAAAAAAAAAAAAAAAGAAAAAAAAAAAAAGAGAAAAAAGAAGCAUUAGAAAUGAGUGUCCUCAGAGCUGCCGCGUGUUCAUCCCGCUGGGACAUGGGGCUCAGGACCACACCUCAGUGAGCCCUUGUUUUGCAGCACAACGUGAUGACUCAAAGCUGUCCGACACGUCUGCUGGACGAGUGACGUGCAUCAAGUUAUUAAACGGCGUUUGUUUGAUUUGCUGAUGUUUACCAUGUGCUGCUAAUUCCUGGAGAAAUAAACGAGGCUGCAGGCUGAUGGCUGGGGGCUGUGCUGACAGCAGGGUGUGUGUGCAUGCAGGAGGAAGAAGGCUUGCUCUGUGCACCCAAAUAAUGGUGUUGGAACUUCACUGACCGCCUCUGCCGUGCACACGGUGGGGCUGAGCAAUGGGGCAGAGCUGCAGGGUAUGGACAUGGGUGGGUGCCCACAGGUAUCCAUACCCAUAUCUCCACAUCCAUGGGCAUGGAUAAUAUGGGGUCUCUGGGUAGAGGAGAUCUCACUCCUCCCUGCACGCUGCUGGAAUAGUCCUGUAAAAGCAGUGGUUAUUUUGGCUGCUGUGCUUUUCAGUGCAUACAUUGCUCAGAGAUUUGGGCUCCACAGCAUCUGAAUUGUGCUGCCCUGGGUGUGGGCUUAGCUGUCUCCAUCUCUCCCAGACCCAGGGGAGCACUGAGCUGCAGUGCCAGUAGGUCGGGGAGGCUGAGCUGGAGUCCCCCAACAGAAAGCAUGGACUCAGGUGGGGUUCACUUAGAUCCCAGCUCACUGCAGCUCCUUCCACAUACCGACAUUGAAUGAUUGUAGCUGCUGUGCUGUGAGGUCCUUCCUGGUGUGUGUUCUGUUUCCUUUUGGCAGCCCCUUAUCUAAUCAGCACUAUCUGCUGCAUCAGAAAAGAGAGAUCUAAUCAAAGCUCAGGUGCAUUUUUCACAGCUCUGGGUACGUCCUACAGCCAAACUGAGACAACAACAAAACCAGCCAUCAGCUGCUGGGGCAGAACAAAAGGCUUCACAGUAACAUCCUGGUGGGCACGGAGCCGAGCGGGGCUGUAGGACGAGCGCUGUGCAAGGGGCUGUGGGCGGCCCUGCCGAGGCAAAAGUGCUGCUGUUGUUCCUUCCUUAUCAGAUCCCUCACAUCCCUUCCUCGUGGACCUUGCUGGGACUGUGGCUUUUUCUUCUGCUCACCCAGUGCUGGCACAGCCAUUGAGUGUCACAUCCGUGCACCAGAACGGAGCCCUGGUGCCAUGCAGGCAGCCCCGGACCUUUCCUCAGGCUGAAAGCAGAGACUUUGUUCAGCAAUGAGAGAUACUUUUAUGUCUGAGCUGCCACACAGUGUUACUGUGAGCUUCAGGUUUGCUCAGUGCAUUUCUGAAGCCAAUCAAAUUCAUCAGAGCAAGCAAGUUUUAAUUAAGUCUUAUUAACUACUUCUCUCGGCGGAUCUUCCGUGGUGCACAUAGCAAAACUAGCACGACCUUGCCAGGUGAGCCCUGCACAGCAGAACAGCUCAUCCCACAUCGGGAGAAAGCAGCUCCCUGUUCUCCUUUCUGCUUCCUCAUCCUUUUUCCAUUGAUGCAGAGCCCCCCAGCAAUAGGACCUGCCCUGCAUGAGCAGCCCUGUCCCACCUGCAGCCCCAGCUCCUCUCCUGCUGCUCCUUGUGCUCCCCCAGGGCACCCAGCCUGUGUGGGUGCUACAAUUCCAGCUCAGUCCCUAACUCUGCCCCACUGCACUGUAACAGCCACCAAAAGCAAAGCCACAUCCUGCUGAAACGCAGGGGGCACCGAGAUGCGCUGCAGGGCUGUUUGGAGGACACAGAAGUACCACUUCUAUGUUGGAUGUCACAGGUGUGUGUAGCAGAGAUGUUAAGUCAUGGCCUGAAGCAGUGAUUGAGCACCUGGUGGGGAAGCAGGGCUGACCCAGGGAAGCUCAGGUGCAGGCAAUGUACCUGAGUGACUGGAAGAGGUGGAGUCAGGAUUCACCCCUUCCCACACCUCAUUUAAGGGUGGAGAGGAGCUGAGGGCAUCUCUUGCUGGAGAUUCCUGCACUCUGAAGCCUUCCAAAUCUUAGCAGAACUGUGAGGGAACAACGCUGCUGUGGCGUGGCCGGUGGUCCUGGAGGAGGAGCGAUGCACUGCAGCCCUCCUGGCUGCAUGUGAACACAUCCUGGAUUUCUCAGAACCGAAGGGGUUUGUUGGGUGGGAGCCUUGGCUGACCACGUCCAGGCUGCACUCAGAGCCCCCCAGCUCCUUUCCCAGCCCGCAGGCUGCAGCAGGAGCCACGGAGUCGCUCUGCUCGGAUUCCAGAGGCUGCGGUGUUUUUCCUCUGACCCAUACAAAGAUUUCUUUCUAAAUUUAUCUCGGUGCUCAUCGCAGUCCCACUUAGCAGCAGAUUACGAGGCCGGGCCAAUUCAAAUGAGGGCAGGGGAGCCUGGAUCGUGGCCUAGCCCUGACAUAGGGCGGGAUGGCAGCACGCGGGGCUGGGCUCAGUGCUGCACACCCGCACUGUGGCUGCAUCCAGAGGCUCUGCUCUGCUCUCCCUUCCUGGCCCUCCGUCCUACGGGGCAGUUCCAGCACGCUGCUCCUCCUGCACGGAUUGCAGCACGAAGCUGGAUGUGCUGCACGUGAGUGUGUUGCACCCCAAGCAGCCAAAUAUCCCUCAGUUCCCCCCCGUGUCACAGCUGCACUUGCCAGCACUGCACCCCUGCCCACCUCGGCUGCUGUCUGUAGGCUGCUCUGUGCAGAGCCCACCACGCUGAGGAUGCAGGGGAUGCAGCCUGGAUUGAACCAUCCCAGCAGAAUGCACGGGUGCUGCUAAUGCUGUCUGCACUCUUUGCAUUCAGCAGUGCAGCCCUGCACGGGGAGUACGUUCCGUUUGGAAUGAGAGGGAUAUUAUGCAGUUACAAGGACGACAUAACGGAGAGAAUGCUCCACUGGUGCCAUUUCCUUAUGUGCUGUCAGCGAAUCACUUCAUCUGCGCUGUGCCGAGUUUCCCAUCCAUUAAAUGGGGGGUGAUUUCCCCUCUGCUUCCUAAGGGGGAGCGGGAGCAGCACCUCCGAUGGCUGCGGGCACAGGAAGGUGCCACGGCGACGCGCAGCGACACAAAGAGCCGUAAAGAGCGAGUAAGGAUUGCAGCCCUGUAGCACCGACCUUCGGAAACCGGAUCCCUGCUCCUCAUCUCCCGAUGUUUUUAUUGGGUUCUGUUUGUUUUUGUUUUUAAUUGCAGAAGAUCCCCAAAUAGGUUCAUCUCUACCGCUCAGGAUUUAAAAAGAUCUCCCAGGUCCGGACGUCCUGUGGGAAAGGAGAGGAAAAGGCUGAGCGGGACGCACCGAUGGAUCCG